AUGAGACCACCAACUUCGUUAGAGGAGCUUCUCUACAGGAAGCUCAUGACUUCACAUGCAUUCCACUCGUGGGUCCGCAGGGUGCAUGCUCGCAUCAACCGUAUACCGCUAGAGGAGCAGACGUUGGAGGCCGACAACUCCAUCCAUCUUCUGAACUAUCGCCCCACGACCUGGCACAAAGUGAAUGCUUUCCGGAUCAUCUUCUGGGACGAGUUGAAGAAGUCUUUCACGUUCCGUAGCUGA